AUGAGCAAUGCAUCCGCUGGGAGCAGCUGCAGGGCAGCGGCUUCGGAGGUCGAGGCCAAGCGGAGGAAGGGGCCGCUGCCAGUCUUUGUCUGCGAGUACCACGACGAGGCCCUUCGCUUUCUGCAUUUCUGCAUUCGGCGACGCAAGAUUCCCUUCGGCGAUCUGGCGAUGGUUCACCUGGACGCGCAUCCAGACCUCUCGGCAUCAACGCAGCUGGAGGCGGACCGCAUCUACGACAACCCCCCGGAGGUCUAUGCGGCGCUGCGCGAGGAGGAUGGCGGCAUCGCUCAGUGGAUUCUCCCAGCCGUCUACGGCGGGCACCUGCGCAACGUCUGGUGGGUUCGCCCUCCCGGGUCGCAGCAGAUUUCUGAUGGCACUUAUCGGUGUCACGUCGGCCGCGGUCUCGGCCUUCGAGGGAAGACGGCGGACGGUCGCGAAGGGGAUGAGGACGAGGCUCAAGUCGAAGGCAUCAAGAUCAGUUGCCCCGAGCCUUAUUUCCUUGAGGACGGCAUCUACAGCCCUGAAAAAACGCUUCGAUGCUCGCAGCCGUUGGACCUAAGGGUGUCCCUGCUGCCUGGCGAAGACCAGCCGCUGCCGGUGUGGCGCGGCACAGGAGAGCCGAACUCCUCACCUGAGCACCAUCCCUGGCUGCUCGAUGUGUGCUUGGACUACUUUGCCUGCGAGAACCCGUUCCUUAGCCAGGUCCGCCCAAAGGUGGCAGCCCCCCUGGCAGAAAUCCACUUUGCAGCUGCUUUUCGCCAAGGGCCGGUCCUGGAGCAAAGUGACUUCGACGCGCAGCGUUCGGCCUUCGACGCGGCCUACGACGAGGUGGUGCUCCAGUUUCUUCAGGAGAAGGAGCUCUUCGAGACGCUGUUGGCAAUGGAGGGCGAGACUGGGGUGAAGUAUGCCGAAGGAGAUUUGCCCGUGGCGAGCAUCCUCCAGUCGAGCCUGGACAUGUUCUCCGCCGCGGAUGCCGCCCCAGCCGAAAGGGAAGAUGCCGACGGCAAGGCGGCCUGCGAAGCGCUGGAGGUCCUGCGAGGCGGCGCCUGCGCGACGCGCCAGGCCGAGAGCGGAGGUCUCUCCGACGCUUUCGCGGCCAACGUGACCGCAGUUUGCUGGGCCGUGAGGUCCUUCGACGAGGCGCAUUGCAUCGUGGCCACGGCAGAUCGAAAGUUGCGCCUCAUCAGCGAUCACGAGGUCUUGGCUGCUUUCGAGGAUCUGCCUUCGCCACCAUUGAGCCUCGAUGUGGCGGCAUCCGAGGAAGCAGGCCUGCAGAAGGUUCUGGUGACUACGAUGGGAGGCGAAACCCUGCUGCUGAAGCUACGGCACUCGGGAACCCCUUCGGGCGGCUACCCGGACUCGAAGGACAUGGGUCGCUGGUCGUUUGAACUGUGCCAGCGGUUCAAGGAUCACCAGAAGCAGGUGACCAGCGGUCGCUUCGCUCCAGCUCGAGGCGCUGAGAGCAGCUACUUCAUCACGAUCUCGCGGGACCACACGGCGUGCGUCUACGGCCGACCGCCCGGCCCCCACUUCGCCCUCCUGGGCUCCUACAGCUUCGUGGGCGAGGUCACCGCCUGCUGCUGGCUGGAUCCCCUGACGGCUGUGCUGGCAGCCAGGAAUGACCAUGAGCUCCACUAUCUGGAGAUGGAGGGUCCGCACGCGGGCGAAACCCAGGAGGUGCUGCGAACCAACCUCAAUGCCCUUGGCGACAGCGUUGUCUCCUUUGCUGUGCUUGCCCUGGCGGCGUCGCCGGAUGGUGCCUUCGUGGCAGCCUGCACUGACCGCUCACGUGUGAUUCUUCUUCAGGCGCGGUCGCCUCGGCAGCUGCGGAAUUUCUACGGGGCUGCGGUGGGGGAAUAUGACAUGCCAACUGUCGCAUUCUCGCUGGAUGGCUGCUUCUUGUAUGUGUCUUCCUCGCUGCCGCAGCCAGCACGCCGAGAGGAGGAUGAGGUGAAGGCGCUCUGCGGGCAAGUGGCAAUUUUCGAGGUUCGGAGCGGCCAGCUGGUGCUUCAACUGCCUUGUCAUGAAAAGUCCGUCCGCUGCUUCCACCGGCAUCCGUACUCUGAGAUGCUCGUGACGGGAUCAUUCGACAAGAUGGUGUGCCCGCGAGGCCACCAAGAGCUGGAACAGGCGAUGGAGCGCUUACUCGGUUUCCUGCCGGUGGCGCAGCAGGCCCUCCACCGCCGGGCGCUGCGGGACGCCCUCGUCGAUGCGCGCGGAUCAGAGCUUCGAGCGCUGCAGGAGGCCGGCGACAUGAUCUCCCUCCCGUGGCUUUGGCACAUGAGCUUUCGGCCAUCCACCACAGAGCUGCGGGAGCAGCUGAAGGCCGUUGAGUCCUUCGUGGCACGGCUCGGAGGAAGGCCCUGCGCUGUCACCGUGGCACGGUCUGUCACGGACGGCUUCUGUCCCAUGCGCUGCCACUGCAUGUUGGAAGCCGGUGUGCUGGAGAUGCUUCAACGGCUCUUCGGUGAGAUGGACGUCAUGUAUGGGGACGAGCUCGACGCAAAGGAGCAACAGCCGUGA